UUUCACCUUGCAGAUUUGACACCAGGACUAUCCCCACCAGGUUAUCACCAUGAAGCGCAGUAUCAACGACACGGUCAAGGCGGACCAUGUCACAAUCCUAGCAUGCCACAACCGCAUCGUCUACGAAGGAGACAGGAAACAAAAAAUCCGAUUCCGGAACCUUUUUACCUGGGAGGUUGCUCGCACACUGGUCAGCAAAGAGCUGGUGCUGCUUCCGGCCAUGGAAAAAUACCUACCAGAGGGCGACCUUCUCGCUCGCCAAAACCGAGCAAAUUACCACGCCGUCAAAGAGGAACUGAAGAGGUUUCAAAAGCUCGACCCGACCAGCCCUGACUUCCUCCCAAGCAUCAACCAGUUGAUAGGCUACCUGCAGCCACAGAUCCGAGAGGAGGAGGCACAUCAACUGCCCAUGUUGGAAGGCGUCAUUACCGAUAAGGAAAGCAACGGACUGGCCAAGUCGUUUAGCCGGACCAAAAUCUUUCUGCCAACGCGCGCUCAUCCUGGCGCGCCCACUUCUCCGUUCUUCGAGACAGCCCACGGCCUCGUCACAGCACCGUUUGACCAAUUUGGUGAUUUGUUUCGCAAGUGGCCGCAACAUGUUUAGGUGUAUCUGGGUCUUACAAUCAGAGAUGAGGGGAUAUCAUGUUCAAGAUAGUGAUCUACCGAGUCGGACUAAUUCUCCGACCGAUCAUGCCGAGUCCUGCGGGCGAUUAAAUUGAUCGCCUGUAUGGUUUAUUUGGCACAUUACAUAAAUCUAAUUAUUCUAAUUUUUAA